GAGGAGAGAUUGGGAAUUUUGGCUCCGGACUCAGCCCUUCUGACUCACCCGUGGACCUGAGCCGACGAACAUACCAAGGCGAUGCGGUAAUUAGCAUGUGAGGCCUUGUGAGGCCAUCCAGGGGCUGGGUACGAUCAACAGUCUUCUCCGAAACACCCUGAGUCCCCGUGCGGACUCGCAGUAUUCUCCUUUUGAAGCCCGAUCACCAGGAUUUCUGUUCAGAUUUCGUAAUUGUUCAUCUUUCAAUUUGGACGGUGAUCCAGGGAGUCCUCGCCGAAUAUUAACGCAGUUCGGGGAAGAAAUGUUUCAGAGAAGAAAGUUUGCCUCAUUCCUGAGUGUCGUUGCUCUGCUGCCCUGCCUGGUGGCCCAGGACACCCCAGAUGUGUCAGAGGCAGAAACCAUUCCGACCGAUUUCACACCUAUUCACGACGAAUGCCGAGAGGAACAAUACCCUUGCACCCGGCUAUACUCAAUCCACCACCCUCUCAAGCAAUGUUUACAUAAAAUGUGUUUCUACAGCCUCAGACGGAUGUACGUGGUGAACAAAGAAAUCUGCCAUCGGACUGUCUGCGAAGACGAGGAACGAAUUAAAGCUGACCUGUGCCGCAAGAUGCAGGGAUGGCCAACCAGGGUCCGUCGCACCAACCGGGGAAGGAGUCACGUGCAGUGCUAGCACCCCCUCUCCCCUGAGGGGACCAGCACCCAUGGGUGCGGGUCGAGGGGAGGUGUCUCACAGCCGCCAACAGCUUUGGCGCAGGAAUGCCCCUCUCCUUCCUGGGAAGCAACCCAACACGCCCUCGCCCUGCCCCUACCCCCACCUCUGAGGGCAUCCUCCCUGAUCACCUGCUGUCCCUUCCUCCACACUUUGGACCAAAGCCUUCCUGCCCCCUUUCCCGCCCACCAGGGGGGCAUGCUCGGACCUCGGAGCCAGAACGUCUUUCUCCCUGCCUGUAGACAUCUCUCUGUCUAUGUGUGUGUGUGUGCGUGCGUGUUUAUAUAUAUAUAUAUAUAUAUAUUUGGCCCUGCAGAUCUUGAGGCCUUAUAAUCGGCCGUCCAAUUGUCUGCCUGUGCAAUUUCUUGUGGCUCUUGCAACCUAUUGUCCAAUUAUCUCUCUGUUGUUUGCCGUGGGAGCCCUCAAUUGGUCAAAUGACACCCACCCUCCCCCACCCCAAC